AUGAUACUUUAACCUUACAUGUUACCCACUCCCAUCUAUUCACUUCAAACCCCGCCAUGCCGAAAGUCCUGGUUUUCGGGGCCGGCGCUCUUGGGGCAUGCUACGCCUACGUCUUAGCUAAAGCUCUAGGCGAGAUAGAAGUCACCACAGUCUGUCGGUCAAAUUACGACGAGGUAGCUAGGAAUGGAUUCACCAUCAAUUCCAAACUGUGGGGUAAUAACCUCCAUUUUCAACCCCGCGUCGUGCGGUCCCCCGCUGAAGCUGCGCAGCUGUUAGUGGAUGGAGAGUGCUUCGAGUAUAUCAUAGUUACGUCUAAAGCUCUUACCACUACCCCGUCUACGCCGGAGAUCCUGGCUCCUGUUGUUGAGAAGGGGAGGAGUGCGAUUGUGUUGAUUCAGAAUGGUAUUGGGAUUGAGAAUGAAUAUGUAACUGCGUUCCCUGGGAAUUCGGUACUGAGUGCUGUGGCGUAUUUCCCGGCUACGCAGGUUCGUCCGGGGGUUGUUGAACAUCGUGAGGUCGAGUUGUUGCAUGUUGGUACGUAUCCGCCUGAUGCGCCACCGGCACAUAAAGAUGUUGCGAGGGCGUUUGUGGGUUUACUGGGACAGGGAGGGGCGACGGCGAAGUUACAUGGGGAUGUGCAGAGGGAGAGGUGGGUUAAGUUGCUUGUUAAUGCGGUUUGGAAUCCGGUGUGCGCCUUGACGAGAUUACGGGAUCGCGAGUUUAUUGAUGCGGAUAGGGAUUUGAGACUUGGUUCUACAAGUACUAGAGAAAAGGGAAAGGAGGAGAGGGAAGGGGAUAGGUUAGUGAGUGAAAUGGGAGAUGGAUUACGGUUCAUUAAGGAUGUUAUGCUGGAGAUUGCGUCGGUGGCACAGGCGUAUGGGUAUGGUGAUGUUAAUGAGGAUAUGGUGGAUUUUCAGAUUAAGAGAGCGGCGGUUAGGGAUUUACCUGGCGUGCAGACUUCUAUGUUGACGGAUGCGCUUGCGGGGAGGGCUAUGGAGGUUGAUGCUGUGGUGGGUAAUGCGGUUAGGAUGGCGAGGGAGAAGGGUAUUGAGACGCCUAUGUUGAAGACGAUUUAUGUGCUUGCUAAUGGGCUUAGUGUGGGUUUUGGGAAGGGGUCGUGAUAACAAUCAUAAGAAUCUGCUCGAAGAGUAGCUGUCUUACACUGAUUAAGGGGGGUUAUAUGGGUUUGAAACGUGGGAUUGUCCCGAUUUCAUGUAAAAUAUGCUGGUCAUAUCACCUGUUAGGAUUUAGGAACAAGUUAGGGAUUUAGCAAAGAUUUCUCUAUUCAGGACCCAUUUGUUACUGAG